AUGGCAUCCGAAGGCACAAAGCAAAAUCUUAUCGUCGUAUCGAACCGUCUCCCGCUAUCGAUCAAGAAGGUCGAUGGAGGAUACGAAUCGUCCCUCUCCAGUGGUGGCCUGGUGACUUCGUUGUCCGGGCUGACCAAAACCACCUCAUUCAGCUGGUUCGGAUGGCCAGGCAUUGAUGUCGCAGAUCCGACCGAGCAGGACGAAGUGCGCAAGAGCCUGGAUGAACACAACGCGGUGCCGAUAUUCCUCGACCAUGAGCUGGCACAUAACCACUACAAUAACUUUUCGAACUCCAUUCUGUGGCCGGUCCUCCACUACCAGUCCGGUAUCGCUUUCGAAGACGGUCCUUGGGAGGCUUACAAACGGGUGAAUGAGAUCUUUGCCGAUGCGGUUGCAGAGGCCGCUACACCAGGGACGCUGAUUUGGGUGCAUGAUUACCAUCUGAUGCUGUUGCCUAGGCUAUUGAGGGAACGUUUGGCGGGGAAGAAAUGCGCUAUUGGGUUUUCGCUACAUACGCCGUUCCCAGCGGGAGACUUUUGGAGGAAUUUGCCGGUGCAAAAGGAUCUGCUGCGGGGCAUCCUGAAUAGUGAUGUCAUUGGGUUUCAUACGGAUGAGUACAAGCGAAACUUUGUUCUGUGUGCGGAGGAGCUGGGAGCGAAAGUGGAGGAUUCCGGGAUACAAUUCGACGGACGGGACGUGAUGGCGGAAAAAUUCAUUGUCGGGAUCGAUCCGCAAAAGUUUACCGAUUCGUUGCAGAAUGAGGAGGUGCAGAACCGGAUUCGCGAGUUGCAGCGACGGUACCAGGGAAUGAAAAUCAUCAUUGGAGUGGACCGUUUGGAUUAUAUCAAAGGGCUGACGCAGAAGCUGAAGGGAUAUGAUGCCUUUUUGGACCAGCACCCGGAGCUGAGCAACAAGGUGGUGCUGAUCCAGGUAGCGGUGCCCAGUCGGGAGGAUGUCAAGGAGUAUCAGGACCUGGAGACGGAGCUGAGUACCAUCGCGGGCAGAAUUAACGGCAAGCACUCUACUGCCGAUGGGUGCCCGCUGAUCUACAUGCACCGAUCCGUCAACUUUAGCGAGCUGACGGCACUCUACUCGGUGGCCGAUGCGUGCCUGCUGACUUCGACACGGGAUGGGAUGAACCUUGUUUCGUUUGAGUAUGUGGCGUGCCAGGCGCAGCGGCAUGGCGUGUUGGUGCUGUCCGAGUUUGCCGGGGCCGCGUCUUUUAUGAAGGAGGGUUGUCUCACGUUCCACCCGGCCAAUAUGUCAGAGAUGGUGGAUGCGCUGUAUGAGGCGGUGACGAUGAGCGAUGAGGACCGCAAGGGACGAUACGAGACGCUGCGACAUUUUAUCGAGACGAACACGAGUGCCAAAUGGGGGGAGGCGUUUAUCGAGGCUCUGACCAAGCAUUUGGGUUGA